UCCAAGUUUCUGACGGCAUGUUUGAUGGAUUAAGAAGACUGACAUUCAUGCAAGUGGAAUUCUUUUCACUCUGUUGCACCAAACCAAAAACACUCUAUGACCUGCAGUGUAUCGCACCUGCGAGUGAAAUUUCCUCUUGUGCAAAUCUUAUUGAUGUGUCACUUUUAAGUGUUACUAUUUGGUACAUUGCUUUUUUGUCUACCUUUGGAAAUUUUAUUGUUUUGACAUAUAAUGUUCACUACCUGAAAACGAUGUCCCCCGAUAAGUACACGGUAUUGAUAGUAAAUCUGAGUCUCGCUGACUUUUUAAUGGGCGUCUACUUGAACAUCUUGGCGAUAACGAAUCAGAUGUAUACAGGGAUGUAUGGACUAGCUGACUACACAUGGAGACACAGUGUCACGUGCACUGUAAGCGGGAUUAUAGCUACAUUGUCGAGCGAGGCGUCAGUUAUGAUGGUAUUUCUCAUCACAAUUGAUAGGUUCAUCGCAGUAAAAUAUCCCUUCUCAAAACUACGGUUCAGCGUAAAGACCGCUUCCAUCCUAUCUUGUGUAGCCUGGGUGUUUUCACUUCUUCUGUCCUUGAUUCCAUUGCUUCCUGUUCCGGGUUUUGAAUAUUUUUACGCUCAAUCUGGAAUCUGCAUUUCUCUCCCCCUAUCUGUAGUAAGGAGGUCAGGCUGGGAAUAUUCCAUGGUUAUAUUCGUUGGCCUUAAUUUCCUUCUGUUCCUUGGAAUUCUGGUCGGGCAAAUUAGCGUCUUUGUAGAAGUUCUGCGAUCGGGGAGAAAUGUGAGAUCCAGUAGAUCGAUGCAAAGGGAGAAAGCUCUGGCUGUGACAGUGCUCAGUGUUGUACUGACCGACAUUUUAUGCUGGAUCCCAAUAGGAACAAUUGGCAUGUUGACCUUCUUUGGUGUGUCAAUCGCCUCGGACGUGUACGCCUGGAUCCUUGUGGUGGUUUUACCAAUCAACUCCGCCCUCAAUCCACUGCUCUACACCUUAACAACAGUUAUCAGAAGAAUGAGAAGGCGGGAGUCAGAUAUAGUAUCCCAGCUAAAGCAACAACUGACAUAUUGGAAGACAAAACACGGUUAUCCGUCAGAUGCCACCGUGCCGGAAAUACAAGAAAGAAAUCUCCCCCAGGACUGUCCUCAGAAUCCAGGGAUAAUGAACACGUGACUCUCGACUAACUCGAGAUCUCCUUUCUGUCGAUGUCCUAUUUGGCACUAUCAAUAUCAAAAUCGUAAAGCUGAUUUAUACAUUCAUUUGUAUAUAAGAUCACACAAUCCAUAGAAAAUUUGUGUUUAAAGGAAUUCAUAAUCGAAACAUCGUAGAUGAACAGUCACACGAACAGAGAUCGGUUGUGUUUUUGAGAGAGCUGUAUAUAUGAUCCACCGCAAUAAAGGGACAUGAUUAUGAUUCGAGGUUAACAUGUUUCAAUUUGAUCUUACAAUUUUUAAUAUUUACACUGCUUAAAUAAGGCAUUUCUAAUAAUCAGCAAAAUGUAACUGUCAUUUGUUGCGUUACAACUCAGAUACAAAAUUCUCAAUUCUUGGUUAUGUAAACAAGGUUCGUGUCACGUUUAUAUUGAUAUAUACGUUGCUUAUCAGAACAUAUCUUAUAUGAAUCUAACAAUUGGCAAACAAGUGAUGGUGAAAUACAUACGUUUAACGGGUUAGCUUAUCGUACCAAUCCUAACAACAUUUAUAACUAUCUAUAUACUGUUAACUACCUAUUUACACUGUAGAAUUAUAUGUUCUUUCUUGUUUUU